AGGUGAGUCACCUGCGUAAUGUCGUGGAUUGCGGAGGUGUUUGUCGAGAUCAAGCAAGUUAAUCUCUUGUGAGAGUUUCAGAGUUGUGAAGUAUCAGAUCAGCCUGAGGAGCUCCGAGGAAGCAGGUCAGUGAAACCGGUGGGCAGCUACGAGUCUCUUCACUGAGAGGUGAAUUUAGGAUUUUAUUCGUGUGGAAACCCUCCCAGGACUUUUAAAAUGAACGCGUUUAUUAAAGGACAAUCGCUCCUUCUCCUUGUAUGUCUUCUGCGCGCCGCGGCGCCUCAGGACUUCGGUGAAAACUGUUUAACCAAAUUCAAGCAAGGUCGGGACGAUUUUGUGCUCGACGCCGAUGAAUCUGUGAAAGACGGAGCUACGUUUCUGUCGUCGCCGAUACUGGAUCGAGACAGGGACUGUAUAACAGCCUGCUGCAAGGACCAGAGGUGCAAUGUCGCCUUCAUGGAGAAAGGAGAAGAGGAGGGCUCGGUCAAGUCCUGCUUUCUGUUUGACUGUCUGUACAAAAAGAAAUACGCCUGUCGCUUUGUCAGGAAGAAAGGAUACACCAGCCAAAUCCUGGAGUCUGUCUAUGAGAGUUACCUGGAUGUGGAUGCAACCCCAGCUGAUUCUGACCGUCCACCUGUGGCCAACGGAGGUCUUGACCGGGUGGUCCAGCCUCAGGACAGUGUGACGCUGAACGGCAUCCAGAGCAAAGACGACAAUGGGAUCUUGUCCUACCAAUGGCAAAUGCUCACCCCGUAUCCUUAUGCUAUCAUUGAGGAAACCAACUUUCCCGACCAGAUUAUUGUUUCCAAUCUGACGUCUGGGGUGUACAAGUUCAAACUGACUGUCACAGACACCGUCGGUCAGUCAGACUCAACCAAGGUUACCGUCCUGGUCCUCACUCCUGAGCAGUCUGAGCAUCACUGUAUGGCUCCGAAGAAGAUCGGGCCGUGUCGAGGUGCCUUCCCUCGCUGGCAUUACAACGCCGCCUCAGAGAAGUGUGAGGAGUUCAUGUUUGGGGGCUGCAGGGAGAAUCUCAACAACUAUCUCUCUAUGGUUGAGUGCUCCAACGCCUGCUAUGGCUCAGAAAAAGGUGGUAUAGCUGGUAGAGGUUUGCCUAUUCCCACUACCCAAGGAGAAAAGUGUGGCACCCCAUGUAAGCCAGGGCAGUUCACCUGCACUAACGGCUGCUGUUUGGAUCCAGGACUGGAGUGCGAUUCUUCCCCACAAUGUAGCGACAGCUCGGAUGAACUAAAUUGCGAUGAUUUGAACAACAAGUUUCAGAUUCUGCGGCAGAUUCCAGUGGAUGAACAAAAAGUACGCUGCACAGAGCUUCCCGACACUGGCAACUGCAGGGACAGCAUCACCAAGUGGUACUACAACCCCGUCCAGCAAAACUGCCUACGCUUCAACUAUGGUGGCUGCCAGGGAAAUGAGAACAGAUUUGAAUCUGAGGAGUCCUGUAUGAAAGUUUGCCGUGGAGUAACAGAAAAGGACGUAUUUGCAAGAAAGGAGGAGUUUGAGCGCCAGUCAUCUAACAACGAGAUUGUCACUACGGUGAUAGCUGCCCUCCUGGGUGUGGGUGUCGUCAUCCUGCUGGGCGUCUUGAUUUACUGCCUUACGAAGGGCAGGAAGUCUUCACAGCACCAACGUGUCCCCGUCAAUGCUCCCAUUACCUCGAUAGAAGACAGAGAUCAUCUGGUCUACAACAGCACCACCAAGCCCAUCUGACCCCCAAGUCCUCACCUCUGAGCCUGGUAGUGAAUGAUGAUGGUCGGAUCUGUGUCAUACAACCAACAAACUCAGAUUGACAAGAGAGGAAACAUGUCUGUUGGCUAAGUUUGAAAGUUGCAGGAGACCUUGUUUUAUUUUGUCCGUAUGUGGAUGUGUUUUGAGGGUGUUGUACAAAGAAAGCAGAAGGCCUUCAACUGAUAAAAUGUGACAUCUAAUUAGGUUUUUAACGUGUUUUUUUAUGCAGUGGCCUGUUAAAAUGAGUUGUUAGAUUACGGUUUGUACUCAGGUUAAAAGGGAAGGAUUACCACAGAAUAUCUUUCCAUUUAAAUGUGCAGAUGUUACCUACCUGUCUACAAUUUACUGCUUCCCUUAAGUGAUCUUACAAUUGUCAAUGAAAGUGUUUCUUUCUUAUAACCAAACUCUGGGAGACUUUGUGGCUAUGUAAUGUCACAGUGAUCCUUCACCAUCCUGAGGUCCUGCCACACCAGCUUCUUUACUCUGUCAGAUUUAUUUUUAUUCUGUUCUCUACACUGUUGUUACAUACUUACACAUACAGGCAUAAUGUUGUACAUAAUCAUAGAACUUAAAGUAGUAUUUCACUUGAAGGUUAUUUUGUUGGCUGAUUUAGUCUUUAUUUUUUUAUUGACAAAGUGUUUUUAGAACAAGCAUCAUUCAUAUAUUAACAAAAACGCUUAUUCACAAUUUUAAAAAAGCACCCUUUGCUGUUGAAUAGUCAACAUUUUAAGCUUUUCAAACAUUUGUACAUAUGACCUGAUAUUGGUUUCUUUUAGCUGUAACAGCAUCAUGAUGUUUAUACUAAAUAAAAAUGUUACCUCACA